CUUACUUGUCUGAACGCAGGCAAACACUCAUGUAAAUAUGCAUCAAGAUUUGAAGGAUGUGAAGUUUUGGCAGGUUCACACAUUAUUGAAAGGAUUGGAAAAAAUUGCUGCCAGUGCAGACAUCCCAAUGUUGGUGUGUGGGGAUUUCAACUCUGUUCCUGGAAGUGCUCCUCAUUCCCUCCUUGCCAUGGGGAAAUUUGAUCCACUGCAUCCAGAUUUAGCACUAGAUCCACUUGGAAUUCUCCUCCCUUUUCCAAAACUAACACAUCAGCUGCCACUGGUAAGUGCAUACCUAUCAUUUGCAAGAGUUGCAACUGGUCUUGGUCUAGAGCAAAGGAGGCGAAUGGAUCCUGCUAUGAAUGAAUCCCUGUUUACAAACUGCACUAGAGAUUUCAUUAGUACUCGUGAUUACAUAUUCUACUUAGCUGAUUCCUUAACUGUGGAGUCUCUAUUAGAGCUCUUGGAUGAGGAUAGCUUGCGAAAGGAUACUGCACUUCCUUCUCCAAAGUGGUCUUCAGAUCAUAUAGUACUCUUAGCUGGAUUUCGGUGCAAGCCUAGAAAUAGACGCUGAUAAUAGGUAAAAAAU